AUGCCCCUUUUUCACGACCCCGAUCGCCCGCAACGGCAUGUGUGGUCUGGCACCGGCGGCGAGUCGGAGCAGUUAGCCCCAGGGUCCUCUCAAGCUCUGUCAGACGAAUACGGCAGUAGUAUAGACUACGGUACAGCUUCAAAUAGGAUCGACAUGGAGUCCUCAUCGGCGGAGCUUUCUCCGACCAGCUUUUGGGCAAACGAUCGACAGCAGCUCAUACAACACAUCAAAGAAUCGUCGCCCUGGAGGCUGCAAUACAAGUCGCAAGACCGCGGUGAUGCUGAAGUUUAUAUGUCUCAUCACUCAUUUAACAACUUGGAGGCCGAUGGGACGUUCCAGGAGCAGGUCUCUGUGGAUCAAAAUCUUGCAUCAAAUACCGAGGAGUUAGGGUCGCCGGUCGACAUUCAGAGGCCUCGCUCGGCUCUACAUUCCGGUGACUUUAGAGAAGGCACCCCGCACCAUGAACAACAAUCACGCCUGCCAGGCUUUGCAGGACAAAGCCCAGUCUCUGCCUUUCCCCGCCUCGGUACUUCUCCGACCACCCCAUGGUUUGCAGCCUCUAUCUUCCCAGGCACCCCACGAGAGGCAGAUCCCUUCCGUCCAAAUCAUGAACCGAGGCUGCCUCUGGAAACUCGUUCGAGGGCACCGUCGCUUGGGUCUUUCUCCUCGAGCUAUGUUCUGAAAGCUCCCACGAGCCCCCUCGUCUAUCAAGCAAAUAAUACCGACCUUGAUUUCUCACCCCGAGUUGACUCGACCGAGCUUCCUGAGCCCCUAGAGAGAGCUAAUCGACGCCGAACGCUCCCUCCUGAGACCUUUCGACAGCUUCAAUCCUCGCCUCCGGGCUCGCGAUCUGUCAAUCUCCGCGGUCCUUGUGCGGCUACUCGACAGGAGGGAUUUUUCCAGCCACAUCACUCCCCUCGCCGAUCUCUGACCUCGGCCUAUAGUCUUCAGCUUGCUUCUACAGUGAGCACCUCGGCCUUUAGGGCGCGGAGGCCUUCCUUUGUUUCCGAUGCCUCGCCCAAACCGCAUGCGCCUAUGGUUGGCUCAUAUGAAGAAUCUAUUCUACGUGGGCGUAUGUCCAUGAAUCCGUCCAAACCAUUGGAUUUUACGGCUCAAAUCGGGGUUUUAGGAAAAGGCAAAUGCAAAGGACAUUUGAGAUGUCCUCCACAUGUCACAGUUCCUUUCCCUGCAGUCUUUUAUAGCUAUCCGACCUCUGGCAGCGGCCGCUCCAUCUCCGAUGACAGUCCGAGUCCAUAUGUUGGGCAGAUUGAUUUGGAGAAUUCCUUGCCCAAAGAUGAAACAAGCACGGCCCGGCGCCGUAAAAGACAUUUUAGUCCAUUAAAGAAUCAUGGUGAUAAUGGUAAGGAUGAAGGGGGUACUGCGCAGCACUCAGAUACCGAGACACGACGCCGUCGGGAAAAGAAGAGCCGCAGGGCGGAGUCGCCCAGAUGCCCCUCAGGGGGGAGCUACCGCAUUCCUCAGCAAGGCCAAUUGCAAAUAGUCAUCAAGAACCCCCACAAGACUGCAGUGAAACUGUUCCUUGUGCCAUAUGACCUCAGUGACAUGGAACCUGGCACCAAGACAUUCAUCCGGCAAAGAAGUUAUUCGGCAGGUCCGAUAAUCGACAUGCCACUGAAUGUACGAAAGAACUAUGGAACGGAUCGCCCUGAAGCUUCUCUAAACGCUACGGAAGAUCCCAAGGAUAAACCGAUUCUUCGGUAUUUGAUCCAUCUCAACAUUUGCUGUCCGGCUCGCGGACGUUUCUACCUACAUUCGAGUAUUCGGGUUGUCUUUGCAAACCGAGUUCCAGAUGGAAAGGAGAAGCUACGGAACGAGAUCCAAUUGCCUGAACCUCGAUAUAGCCCAUAUAAGCCCAGCCGAGAACCCAGUCUUUUGGCCUCUAGUGCUCGUUCGGCAAUUGAAAAGGCCUCUCGCAGGCGGAGCGCUGGUCAGAGCACUAUGUCAUAUCUGCCCACAUAUGCCCCGUCGCCAAGUAAUGGCCCGUUGCAUUGGGAUGCCGCAGAGUCGGUGGGACUUAUAAACUUACCGGAAAUGUCUCACCAUUCCGACCCGAAUGUUUACAACAAACUUACCAAGGGUGACGUUGGGUACGGAGGGUACCCUUACCCCUCCAGCCAAGGCGGCUCUGAGAAUGGUGAGAGCUUGCUUGCCAAGAGGCUGCGUGGUUUGGAUGUCCACAGGCAGGAGACAUUUGACAGUAACUGA